AUGAGUUUUUCAAUCACUGGUAGGGAAUCGAACGCAUCUGGUGCUGCUAUCAGACGCACCAAAACAGCAGAUAUCAGUGGGUUCGAGCAGGAUCCAGAAGUUGCAAAGCUUCAUGAUAAAUUAGAUUCCGUUGAAGAAAUUAUAGCAAAUUUCAAAGCUGAAAUGAAGAACAAAACAUCAUUCUACGAAUCAGAAAUGGAAAAUCUACAAACACAAAUCAGAAAGAAAAAGAUUGAGUCAGAAACGAAACUUUCUGCAUUACGUGAGAACAAUGAAAUCGAACUUCAAGAAAUUGAUCAGCAAAACGACUUAGAAAUCAAAUCUAUACAAGAACAAAUCAAUAACUUCCGUCAAAGUCGAUCUGUUCAUACAAACUAUCAUAUGCAGACGAUGCGAACAAAGAAAGAAGCAGAACUUGCUGACCUUCGUCGCCAGAUUGAGCAGCUUAGAAUUAAAAACACAGAAAGCGUUUAUGAAAAUACAACAAAGAAUCAAAGCGAUAAAAUGAACAAUCAAGCCAAAAUUGCCGAAAUGACAGCUCAAAUAGAAAUUUUAGAUGGCGAAAUUAAGGAAAUUAAUGCAUCAAGACAAGAAGAAUUACAAUCAACUAGUUUGAAGGUCCAACAGACAUCGCAAGCCUUCGAGCAGCGUGCUAAGGAGCAGCAGGAACGUAUUACCGCCUACAGAAAUGAUUUCCAGAAGAGAAAUGCUCAACAUCAAGAGUUAAUUGCACUUGCCGAGCAACAGGCAGAAGCGGAAAUGCAACAGAUGGAAAAUGAUCUUACAGUUGCUACCGAUAGAUGCACAAAAAUGCAGCAAACUUUAGAUAGAUAUCAAAGAAGGUCACAACGCGAGGAACAAAUCAUUAAAGACGAUAUUGCAUCUCUUAAGGAAGUUAUUGAGCGUUCAAAGAAGCUCGAAGAAGAACAAUUAAACUCAACUAAGGAUCAAAUUACAAAAUUACAAUCUGCUACUAGCGAUACAAUAGCUAUUGAUCAAGAAAUUGAGGCUAUUCGUGCAGAAAUUGAGCAGACUAAGGCAGAUAAUGCUGAUAUGAGACGUGAAAGAACUCGUCUCGAUACUUCCAUGUAUUCAACAAGACUUUCAAGAUUCCAUAGCAAAUAA